CAGCGAUUGCGGAUUCUGAGCGAGUUUUGAGAUACAGUAUCGAGGAAGCAGAACAGAAACYGACACGAACUCUUUUUCGAAAAUCCUUGUCACACAAAUCAGAUUCGUUGGCAACACGACAUCCCCACCAAAGAAAGAAACAAAGCAGACUGGACAAAAGCAACACUUCAAAAAAGAUGGUUUCGCGUUUUAUCGUCGCUCCACUAUCGCUCCUCGUCGCCGCUUUGGCGACGAUUGCCUCCGGAAACAGCAGCAGCAGCAACAACAACACCAACAACAACAACGACAACAAGUCCUGCGACCUGGAGUGCCCCAGGAACGCACCGUGUCGGUUCGGCCACGCCGAUUUUUCGGGCCGCCUGGAUGCCGGGACGCUCGGGAUGGAAACCCACCGCAACGGCAUGCACUGUGACUGUCCCAUAGGUACGUUCGGACCGCAUCGCGCGCUGUUGGUGGCAUCUCGCCGCACCGGAUCGACGGGAGAAAGGGAAUAGCGAAUAGCGAACACGAGACGAGGGGCAGAUGCGUGGGCGCGUGAAUCGAGGUCUUGGACGGCUUUGGCAGAAUUGUUCUUGUUCUCACCGUGUGUUGUGUUGGGUUGGGUUGCGUUGCGACGCAUUUCAUUUCGUUUUGUUUCCUUUGGUUCGCUUCGCUGCCGCGUUCUUUCGUCUCGCCCGACACUGGAUUGGAUCGGACCUGACCUCCAGGCUGGACGGGAAUUUUCUGCGACAGAAAGUACGAGGCCUGUUCCAACCAGAACGGCCACGAGUGCUACAACGGAGGAGAAUGCAUCCUGGGCCUCCAGGACAAGUACGGAAACGACCAGCUCUUUUGCGACUGUUCCAGAGCCGASGGCUACGUUGGAAAGUACUGCGAAACCCCCUCGGAACAACAAUGCGGUGGCGGCGGUGGCAACAACGCGUUUUGCGUCAACGGAGGCGAAUGCAACCCCGGAUUUCCGUGAGUCUCGAAAGCGAAAGGAAGCGCAACCGACGCGGUGCUCGGUCGGACAGAUGCCGUUCUCUCGUUCUCUCGUUCCAUUGUUGCGCGAUUCCUCACGAGUCGUGUUUUCUUGCUUUCGUUGGACCGUGUUUGUUUCUUGGCUCUCUGGACGACAGAGWGGAAUCCUCGCACCCGUGUUUGUGUGGCGAAGGUUGGGAGGGAUACCAUUGCGAGGUGAGUAGAUGCGAAUGCGAUGCCGCCCGUGGACUUCCAAACGAUAGCCAUACUCACACAGUUCCUGUCGUCUUCGUUUCUCUGCCGCACACCACGCACACACCCGGUCGAUACAGUACGAGAAAGACACCGUCCCAAGGUGCACCCUCGAUU